AUGAUUCUGGCCUACAUCCUUCGCCAUUACUGGCUCUGGCAGGUCGCGGGGGAGAAGCAGAUGGCCUCGCACGGGGUGUCCUUGUUGAUCUGGCUGGGGCUGGGGGGCGCGCUGGCCCUCGCGAUCUCGCUGCGCUUUGGCAAGGGCCAUGGCGAGGAGUGGAUCGCAGGCUACUUCUUCGAGUUUUUCUUCAUGCUCGAAAACGUGUUCGUCUUCCGUGCUGUCAUCACCGCCCUAUCUCUGUCAGAUGCCCUGGUGGCGAAGGUGCUGGACUGCGUUGUGAAUUGUCAGAUCAUCUUCGAAGCGGUCUUUUUUCUGGGCCUCGCUCACCAGCUUCGGGCUUUGCACCUGCUUCCACAGGUGCUUGGGUUGGGCCUUCUCUUCUUCGGGCUGCUGACGCUCCGGGAGUCGUUUGCCAAAUCAAAGGCAGAAUCGGGGGUCACCAGCGUGCUGCGGAGCCUCUCCAGCUCCAGCCUCGCAGGAUCUGUAGAAGGUCAAGAGAACGAGGAUUUCCUCUGCUUCAAAGAGAGCAGGCCGAAGCUGACAAUGGGCGGCACUGUGCUGCUGCUGCUGUUGCUGGUCGAUUUCCUGUGCGAGAUCGAUACUGUGCUGACGAAGAUCGAAGAGAUCCAGUCCCCCUUCGUAGCCUUCAGCUCGUCGGCGAUGGCCGCCUUUGCGUUGCCGGAGCUGUACAUGCUCAGCCAGGAUCUGCUGUUCCAUUUCCCUCUUGUUUGGCACUCACUGAGUGCCAUGAACCCUGGCCUCGGCUGCGAAGAUGUACUGCUGCCGGAGCCACUGGGCUCGUGGCAGCAUCUGAAGGAGAUUCUUGUGCAGAUCCUCGUGGAACCUCGUAAGGGCUUCGAGGCCUUCAAGAGCAUCGCGGAUUCCGUGUCCUCCUUGACGCCUGAAGUUUGCAUGCUGGGGCACUACAGCCUACGCGUGGCCUUUCUCAUCUUCCGCAGUCCCGAAGAACGGCGCGAGGAAUUGGAAGCAGAGGAUCUUCCCUGGGCAUAUGCAAAUGCCACCACUAUCUUGAGCAGCGGAUGGCCUGUGUACGGGCUCUUGGGCUUGCUGGCCUACAAGCUUUCGCGAGACGGCACGGCUGCGACGGAUCGCUGCACACAGGAGGCCGAGUCGUUUCGACUGCGUUACGAAGAUGCGACGUUGCGCGGGGGCGAAGUCGCCUUCAGCUCUGACGUCGAGAACACUGCGGUGGAACUCCUCCGGGGCCUAUCCAGCCCGAAUGCCACGGCGGCCCUGAAAGGGGCUGUGGCCACCACACGCUUCGCGCGCCGGGGCUGCCUCCUGGGAGCUGGGCUUCCCUUGGUGGGCUAUGCCGCCUCGGCGUCCUGCCUUGCCAGACGAGAUCCGGAUCUCCUGGGCUUCUUGCAGGGCCUGGUGGCCAGCUACGAGGACUUCUUCCUGCGCCCAGCAUCGGGGUCCGACGCAUGCCUCCCUCGCGCCCUCCAUCCUGAGCGCUGCCAACCAGUGACGCAGGAAGAGAGUCUACCCAAUUUGCUGUCGGCUGGUAUGUGGGCAUCAGAGUCGCUGCAUCUGCUGCAGAGAAUCUCCGAAACCUUUGCACUUGGCAGCGGCAAGCUCGUCGCUCUUCAUGGUGGUCCCGUCAGCGAGACUGGCAGGAAAUACAUGGUUUCCGUUGACCCCUUCGAAGACCAGUUUCACGGUUACGGUCUUCCAGCAUUCACAAGUCAUCUUUGGGCUGACCACAGAGAUUUCCAUGUUCUCGAAGGGAUUCGCUGUCCUGACGUGCUGAUUGCCCGCGACUCGUUGCCGGGAAUGCCUUUUCCGGGGGCUCUGGUCUAUGUGGAUCACGAGGCGGGGAUAGGUCCGGGACGUGAUGCUGGCACUUUGGCCGAGGUCCUGGGCAAGUACCAGAUCGUCUACUUGGGUGUUUUGUCGCCGUUUGCGGCCACCCGCUGCAAGUCCCGAUACGGGACAUGGCGUGCUCAGCAGCGUCGAGUUUGCGCCAAGGUUUAUGACCGCGAGAUCUCUGGGAGCGCUCCCAGGGUCCUGUAUGUUCCUUUUGCAUCGACCUCCUUCGCUGGACGAAAGAAGCACACACCAUUGGAUCUGUCAACGCGGCCGCGUUCACCAGAGCGCAAGCCCUUCUUUCUGGCUUACAUGGCGUACGCCUGCGUCGACCAUCGAGAAAGGAUCUUCGAUCUCCUGGUCCAGGCCGCCGCGCGGAGGGGCCUAGAGCCGCCGGUGGCGCUGUCGCGGUGCGCUGGCUACUCCUCCGGGCAUCGGAGGGUGCGGAAUGACACCCGGGACCUGGCAGCAUCCUUCCUUGACGAAGCAGUGGAGCUUCUACGGCCUUAUACCUUUGCGCUGGUCUUUGAGAACAAGCUUGUCCCAGGAUACGUGACCGAGAAGAUUGUCAACGCAUUCCUGGCAGGGUGCAUCCCCAUCUAUUGGGGAUCCAGGGCGGUUCUGGACAUCUUCAAUCCAAGCUCCUUUAUCUAUGCCAACGACAUCCAGGCUGAGGGGCGUGCAGACGACUAUUCUCCAAGCGAUCCACUAGAAGGACUUCACCGAGUGGUAGACCACGUGAUGGAGAUUGCAAAGGAUCCUGUGGCUUUACGCAGAAUGGCAUCUGAACCUAUCCUUGAUGCCAGUCGACACCGAAGGUUCUUUUCUUGGCACAGCGCGGUUCGGCAGUGGCUACGGUCUGGAGAUCACGUACAAUCCGAGCAUCACGAGGACCUCCUGCCAGAACGCAUUGCCGAUGCCGUAACGGCUUUGAAGCCCCGUCGCCGGCAGCUAUGCGCAGACGGCAGGGCUUGCGGGGAUGUUCUUGAACAACUUCCUCAGACAGAGAAGGGUCAAAGAAGCAAGUCCUAUGUAUGUAUAUGA